AUGGACUCACAAUCCCUACCUUGUAUCCCAUCAGGCAGCGGCAGCACCUCGAAUGCAUCACUCCAAGAAAAAUUCGCUCGCACGAUUCGCGAAGCCCCCCAAGGCGAACCGCCCAGAGAUGUCUUUGCCAAGGAUGUAUGGCCCAUCAUAGAAGCAGAUUAUGGGACGAUGGUACAAGAACUAGUCGAAUUUUGCAAGAACAAACUGCACGAAAACCCCAUUUCUUGCAAUGUUACCGGCAGAGUCAAAUGUAGCGAUUCUAUCAGCCGAUCCCUUCACCGACGCGAAAAAAACCUCAUAGAGAAGGAGAACAAGCAGUACAAAAGCCUUGAAGAAGUGAUCGACGAUAUACAUGAUCUCGCAGGGAUUCGAAUUGUGGUCGACUUCCGGUCUGACAUUGAGAACGUCUCUUCUUUCAUCCAGACAACAUUUCAAUAA